UUUUGUUUCAGGUCAUAGCUUUCCUUUUAAACCACUGAUUGGCGGGUUUCUCGGCUCCUAUUGACCAGAAUCUUUGAAGCAGAACACUAAGCUUCAAUAUCACACUACAAGGGUUACCCUGUUUAUUCCGGAUAUAUAUGUUCUAAGAUGAGAAAGCUAGAAUAGUGUUGACCACUCUGAGGGGAAAAAAAUUAAAACAGUAGAGCGGAAGGAGGGCCAAAAUGAACAGGAAACUAAUUUUUGUGAUUUUCGUCUUGGCAGCAUUUCUGGUUCUUGCGGGAAGUGGACGAAGGAGACGUCGUCGUCGUAACUGUCCCAGAACAGAUGAGGAUUCUAACGGCGACCAUUGGUGUUGUGACGUCAUAACCAAGAAUGAGACUCACUGGGACUUGUUUUGGUGGCCCUGUGACGAAAUCGAUGCUCUCCAAGAGGACUAUGGCGACGAGCAUCCAUCCGAAGAAGAAUGGAAUUGGUGUGGAACGGAUGGAAGUGACCGAAGGCGCAGGUCUUCGGGAAGAUCCUGGUAUAACCUUUGCCCUCUGUGGGUUGCUUACAAUGUCACUGUUAAUUACAACAUCUGGAGUUGUUGUCCAGGGUGGAAUGAAGAUGUAUAUGGCUAUUGUUCUAUCGCGGAGAGUGGUACUGGUCCUUUAUAUUGUGAUAAUGGUGGAUCCCUUAUUGAUAACUCGUGUGUUUGUCUUGAUGGGUUCAUAGGAACUCACUGCGAGACGCCUGUUUGCAAACCAGACUGUCAAAACAAUGGCCAUUGUGCAGCUAGAGAUGGAAAGCCAAUUUGUGUUUGUCCCGAAAAUUUUGGUGGCGAUCAAUGUCAAACACCCAUCUGUGAAAAGCCAUGCCUGAAUGGCGGACUCUGCGUUGCAGACGCGUGUGAGACUAGAUGUCGCUGCAAAGCCGGAUAUGCUGGCAAAUUCUGCGAAAUAGUUAUAAAAGAGGGCGACUGUCCAAUCAACAUGCCAAGUAACACUUGUGGUCAAGGAUGCAGCACUGAUAACGACUGCGCAGGCGUCAACAAAUGCUGUUAUCACCAAAGCUGCGGUUUCAAUGAAUGUAUGAAGCCAAUCAACUCGAGUCGCUGUGUUUACCAGAAUCAUACAUACAAUGUCGGAGAGCAGAUGAAGAAAGACGACUGCACUACUUGUAUUUGCCAGGGAGAAGGGAUGUCAUAUGACCCUUCUGGUUUUGACUGUUACACCAUUGACUGUUUCGUCACUUCCUGUCCCGAUGGAAUGGUGUAUAGAAAUAUCCCUGGGCAAUGUUGUGGGCAGUGUGAAGCAAUAAAAUGUCCCACCAGUUGUGGCCAAGGCCACUGUGAUCUUGUGUACGGAAACCCACAAUGCAUCUGUCCAGCAAACUUCCGAGGAACAUCAUGUGACACACCCGUCUGUGACAAACCUUGCCUGAAUGGAGGGACUUGCAUUGCUGGAGGGACUUCAAACGUCUGUCUUUGUGGUCCUGCAUACACUGGAAGGCACUGUGAAACUCGAAUUCCUGACAAAGAGGGAAUAUGCCCACGGGUUGGAAGCUCUCAUCUCUGCGGAAAUAGCUGUAAUAGUGACUGGCAAUGCGCAGGCUCAGAGAAAUGUUGUUUGACUUCCUGUGGCCAAGUGUGCGUUCCGCCAUUGAAUCCCCAUAUUUGUAUUCACGAGAACAUGACGUAUGGCAUUGACACUAUGAUUACUAAAGACAACUGUACUACAUGUAUCUGUAAAGGACAAGGAAAUGCAGAAGAACCGAGUGGAUUUGCAUGUAGAGAGACGCCUUGUCCUCUUAUGAUGGGUUGUGCGCCAGGAUAUUCAUACAAGAAACUCCCUGGGGAAUGUUGUGCCAGAUGUGUAGCAAUUGAAUGUCAACAACCUUGUCAGCAUGGUGGAGAUUGUCGAUUACAUCAGGGUUCUCCAAAGUGCAUUUGUUCAGAAUAUUUCCAAGGAGAAUUCUGUGAAAUUGCCAGAUGUCCAGUUCCUUGUCAAAAUGGAGGACGAUGCGUUGCCAAUGGUGACCGUGACGUGAUGUGUGCAUGUCCCGUCGGAUUCUCGGGCAAAUACUGCGAAUCAAAAGUUGGUGAAAAGAAAGGAAUAUGUCCAUCCACCAAAGGAAGUGUAGGCAUUUGUGCUGAAAUGUGCUCCCAUGAUUUGCAAUGUCCAGGGGAUAAUAAAUGUUGUUCUAAUGGAUGUGGACAUGAAUGUAGUGUCCCCCUAGACCCAAAUAUCUGCAAGGUUGGAAACGUGACGUACCGGAAAGGCGAACAAAUUCAGAAAUCAGUAUGUCAGAACUGUGUAUGUAUGGGUCAAGGUCACGGAUACGAUGCCAGUGGCUUUAAAUGUACAGUAACUGACUGUCCACAGAUCAUGUGUGCACCAGGAUUUGAGUACAAAGCCUCAAAAGAACGAUGCUGUCCAUAUUGUGAAGAAAUUCCAGUUCCUCCACCAAAAUUUCAACGGUGUCCAGCACAAAUUACGUUGGAGGUCAAUUCGUAUGAUAGAUUAGUAGACCUUCAGAAAUAUCUGUUACCAAAACUUCAAGUCAUUGAUGGUUGGGGCCAAGUUUUGGAAGUUUCCCUUAGUGCAUUACAACUUGAGCACUGUAUGUGUCCACAGAGUCAACGCAAUAUUCACAAUGUUGUUGCAAAAUCAAAACCAGACAAGUACGGACGCAUCGCAACAUGCGCUAUGGCCGUGAAAGUGAAAGAUGUUCAUCCUCCGGUUUUCGCUUCGUGUCCUUCCAACAUCGAGCUUUUUACCACAGAAUCUGUAAUGUGGGACAGACCAACUGUCAAUGACAAUGUAGGAAUAGGUAGUAUUGAUUUCCUUGGUUCACGAGGUAAUAACACCAAAUUUCCAAGUGGGAACUACUUACUUGGCUACAUUGCCAGGGACUUUGAAGGAAAUGUUGCUGUGUGCCAGUUUAAAGUUUCAGUCUGGGAGAAAGAUUCCACAGAUAUCAGCAUGCCUCAUCAAAUGAAAAGAGUUCAAGAGGAAACAGCGGAAGGCAAUAAAAUGUUCAUCGGAAUUGGUGCAGCCCUUGGAGCUCUGAUAACUAUUGGUGUUGUUGUCGUUCUUUAUAUAUGCUGUCGUAGAUCUGCUGCUGCGCGCGCAGCCAACAAUAGAACCAGGUCUCCAUCCGCUUCGUUCAACAAUGGCUUUGAUAAUGGAAUUUACGCUAUAUAUGGCGCAUCCCCGCCGGAAUACGAGGUUCCGGGUAAGGGAAAACUCCCGGAGUAUUCCGCCUCCGAUCCUCCGGAGUAUGAGUCCAUAGAUCCUCAUCCACAAAAGUCCUAUGGAGUGGAAAACAUGGCGUACGUCAGUACUAUUGAUGUCAAAAUGGAGUUUGACAACAAGUUCAAUGAAAACGCGAGCGAAAAAAAUUGAAAUACCUUUGACAAAACUUGCGUGAACAAAUUCCUAAAUAUGCAUCUGCUUUUUAACUAACGUGUAUAUAUUUGAUUUUUUUUUAUAUUGAUAAUGCUUAAUGUGCUGAAAUUUUGUUAUUUGUAUUUCGUACUUUUGUGCUUAAACAAUUGCUAUCACGCAUCUCUCGAGUUUUAAACAAAUAUCAAUUCAUAACUCGAAUCAAAAUUAUAACUUUCAGUUUAUAUAUCUUGUGGAAGUUACUAUUUAAUCAUACUUUUACCUAUUUGUGGGUUUUGAGUUCAGAUUAAAUAUAUUUGUUUUCAGGCAUUUCUAAACUUGCAUCAUGUAUAUGAAUUUUGUUUGAUUUUUUUUUUUGUUAGCUUGCUUGUUUGUUUGUUUGUUGCAUUAUAUUGUUUUCUCUGUAGCCGUAUUAAAAUUGUAUGCGUAAGCCUAAUUAUCGUCCUGCACGUGAAUGUCACAAACAUGUAAUGAAAUAAUGCUCAAUAAUUUGAUAUUAUUUUCAAGAGAAAGAAAAGUGGAAUUUUAUUUUUUAAGCAUAAUAUUUUUGUUAAAAAUGUGAACUUGUUGCCUUGGUAAUUUUUAAAUUUUCAGACAGCUGGUCUGUUCAUGAAAAGUUGAAAAAUUGUGCUUUGUUUGUAUAUAGUCCAUGUUUUUGUUGUUUUCUUGCAAUAUACUCAAUAUUAAUAAAAACAUAUAUUAAAAGA